AUGCCUUUAUCUGGGGCUCUUUGUAGUGCUAAAAUAUUUGGUUGGCAAUUUGCUUUUUAUGCUCAUGCUUUGAUUACUUUGGGAUUAAUUAGUCUUUGGUGGAUAUUUUAUAGAGAUACAGCUAUUGAACAUCAAUUAAUAAAUGAUGUAGAAUUGAGAAUAAUAACUGAAGGAAAAUCAACAGUUAUUGAUGGACGUUACAAACACAAUUCUAAAGUAUUUCCAUUCAAAUCAAUCUGUACUAAUAAAGCUGUUUGGGCCAUUUGUGUUGCUGCAAUUGGAAAUAUGUUUUCAAUACAAAUGAUGGUUCUUAAAUAUGCAACUUUAAGUACAGGCUUUGCAGCAGCAUUUCCAACAUUACUACAGCUUUGUGUAAAAAUAUUUGCUGGAAUUUUGAGUGAUAAAAUAUCAAUAGAUGAAACAUUAAAGGUUGGAAUGGCUAUUUUCCUUUUGGCAUUAUCCUUUACCCAACAUUUGUCUUUUUGGAUUGUUCUCUCAUUUAUUAUUCUUUCUGUUGCUAUGUUGGGGUUUAAUACUGGGGGAUUUUUUAAAUCUUCGACUUUAGUUGGAAGGCAAUAUGCUUAUUUUAUUUGUGCAAAAAUACAAAUAAUAAUGUGUAUUGCCAUGCUUCUUGUUCCCCCAAUUGUUUAUUUAUUAACACCAAACGUCUCAUUACCAAGUGAAUGGGCACGAAUUUUUAUUGGGCAUGCAGUUUUGUUAUUCCUCUGUAAUGGAAUUUUUUGUUUAAUUGGCUCAGGAAAAGCAGCAAUAUUUACUUGUAAUACAACUAAUAAUUCAAAUCCCAUCCAAAAAGAGAGUGAUCAACCAAUGUUGGCGGAGAAUGGAAAUAUUGAAAUUAAUGGGGAAAAUGAAGUUGCAAAGAUUGAAAAUAGAGGAAAUAAUUAG